GGAAGCUGAAGCAGCUACCCAGAAGGAGAGCAGAAGGAGAGCAGAAGGAGGAGGUGUGGUGUUUUUUUCCAGUGUAUUUGAGGACCGGAAUACUCAUUGUACAGAUUGGUGUUUGAAAUGGCUGGUACUGCCGAGAUAUUGCAGGAGUUGGACUCCAUUGAGAAUGAACUGAAGGCAGUGGAGCUACAGAUUAGUGAUCUUCAGGAACGUCAGAGGGAACUGAAUGCCAGCAAGGACCGCUUGCAGAAGAAGCUGAAACAGUGCAAAAAGGGUGCAGGGACAAGCAAAAAGGAAGAGGUGGACUUGCAAAGCUUCACUAAGCAAGAUUUUCCUUGGUCCAAGAAGGUUCAGAAAGCUCUCGGAAUAUUCAAACUGUCUGCAUUCCGGCCCCUGCAGCUUGAGACCAUCAACAUCACCAUGUCUGGGAGGGACGUGUUCCUGAUCAUGCCCACCGGAGGAGGGAAGAGUCUGUGCUACCAGCUGCCAGCGGGCUGCUCCGAGGGGUUUACCUUGGUAAUUGCUCCACUGGUUUCUUUGAUAGAGGACCAGCUUAUGAGUUUGGAGAAGUUUGGGAUUUCAGCAGCCACGAUUAAUGCAUCUAGCUCAAAGGAACAUGUUAAAUCGGUUCAGAAUGCGAUGCUUGACAAGACGUCCGAUAUGAAACUGCUGUACGUCACCCCUGAGAAAAUUGCUAAAAGCAAAAUGUUCAUGUCCACCCUGGAAAAAGCUUACCAUGCUGGCCGGGUGACACGCAUUGCAGUGGAUGAGGUGCACUGCUGCAGCCAGUGGGGACAUGACUUCAGACCAGACUACAAGGUCCUUGGUAUCCUGAAACGGCAGUUCCCAAACGUUCCUUUGAUCGGACUGACUGCGACUGCCACCAAGAGCGUGCUCAAGGACUGCGAGGAAAUCCUGUGCCUCAGAGAUACCAUUACGCUGUCUGCCUCGUUCAAUAGACCCAACCUUUAUUAUGAGGUACGUCUGAAACCGUCAAGCACUGAAGAUUUCACUGAAGACAUUGUGAAAUUAAUCAAUAAGAGAUACAAAGAUCAGUCAGGUAUCAUUUACUGCUUUUCUCAGAAGGACUCUGAGUACAUCUCUGUAAAUCUGCAGAAAAUGGGAAUAAAGGCCAGGCCUUACCAUGCCAACAUGGAAGCUACUGAGAAAUCCAGUGUGCAUAAAGAGUGGACUGAGAACAAAAUCCAGGUUAUGGUGGCAACAUUAGCCUUUGGAAUGGGGAUUGAUAAGCCUAACGUGAGGUUUGUUAUUCAUCAUACAAUGAGCAAAUCUAUGGAGAAUUACUACCAGGAGAGCGGCCGUGCAGGUCGAGAUGACCGGAAUGCAGAUUGCAUUUUGUACUAUGGUUUUGUAGACAUCUUUAAAGUAAGUUCCAUGGUUGUAAUGGAGAAAGUAGGGCAAGAGAAGCUCUACCAAAUGGUAUCCUACUGCCAGGAUGCAAGCAGAUGUCGCCGUGUGCUGAUAGCAAAGUAUUUUGAUGAAGUGUGGGAUACAAAGCAUUGCAACAAGAUGUGUGAUCAAUGCCGUCAUAAUCAAUCCUCGGAGUCGGUGGACGUGGCAGACCACUGCAGGGACCUGCUUCAGAUCCUACAGCAGGCUCAGCAGAUGGGUGAGAAGCUGACUGCUCUGAAGACCAUCGAUUCCUGGAUGGGAAAGGGAGCUGCCAAGCACAGAGUCCUGGGCGUGCCUCCGUCCAGCCUCCCUAGACUGGAGAUGGAGAUGGUCAUCGCUCACCUGCUGGUGCAGCAGUAUCUCAGAGAGGAUUUUAGUUUUACUCCAUAUGCUACAAUUUCCUACAUCAAAUUAGGCCUGAAGGCUGAUCUGUUGAAGAACGAGAAGCACAAGAUCAUGAUGCAAAUGAAGAAGUUCACAAGCGUUGAUCCGGAUGAUGUAUUGCCAUUGAUAUCUGAGGCUGAGAGCUGUCCUACAUUGGCUAUUGGGGACAACCCCUCUGUACAAAAGAGAAAAUCAACGAAGAAAAGAAGAAACCUGCAGCGUGACAAGGCUGCACAGUGUAACCCAAGCCCCUUAGAAACCCAGGCUUCAGAAGAAGCUCCGCAAAUCAGUGAUGAUGGAACAGAACUCGGCGAUCAACCUGUUAAUGCAGCCAUAGAGGUUGACGUGCAAAUAGAUAACAAAGAGAAAGAAAGCCACGCGAACAGUCCUUCAGCAUGCCCAGCUGGGGCUUCACCAGUUAGAGUGAAGCGGAAGGCAAGCACACCCAAAGAGAAGAAGAGAAAGAACAGGCAAGACACCGUUCAAGCUCCUGCAGGGAAACACAAUUGCCAACAGAACGCAAAUCUGUCGAGUGCUCCAUCUGAAAUAUCAAUUAUUUCUGCAGCUGCAGUUGAAGAACUGAGUCACCUGCAUAGCUAUUACUCCAAACAGCUGCAAAGAAUCAAUUAUAUUUCCAGGGAAAACCUGCGAGAGUCUGAUUACAGGGAUAAAGGUCCCCUCAGAAAUAUGAGACUCAACUGUGGGCCUUCGUUUAUCAGGACUGUUAGGAGUCUGUGGAGAUGGACCAGUAUGCAGAGGAACAUUAGGAAGUGACAGAAAGGUCAUCAAAUAAUUUAGUUAACAUUUUCAGGCCUUUGUAUGUGUGUUUUUGCUCUUCUGUUGUAUUUAUUUUAAACUUUCUUUUUACAUUUGGGUUCGUUUACAUUUGCAGAAUAGUAUAACGGUGAACAGGGUUUCAUUUUAGCAAUUCAAAAAACAAUUAAGUUCUCCAAAAGCAUUCCUGAGCCCUCUAGCUCAACUGCUAAGCACUACUUGCUAUGGCUUUGGAGUAUAAUGGAUUAAUACUGCCGGUAUUCUGCACAAUACCUGUAAUACAAAGCUGUACAAACCAAGAAUUUGGGAUUUUCACUGUUUUUUUUUUUUAAUUUAUUUUUUUAGUAUACUUGUAUUCCUUAUGAGUAUCCUGUUGAUUGGCACAGACUAAUUUAAGACCUAUUACAAAGUAUCACUCCAGGUUGUCCUGUGAGGCAUAAUUACAAAUGACCUGUACAGGAGGUACAGUAUGUGGUGUUUCCUAAUUAGGCCAAUGUUAAAAACUUAGUCCGGAGUCAGUCUACCUGUUUUAAAACAAAACUCUAUACUUAUUUGUUUAGUAUGAUGUGAUUAAAAGAAAAAUGACUUGCUGUUCAAUUAGCCAGCCGGAGAUGAGAAGUGUACUGUAAUUCAGAAUGCAUUCACUGUUUUCUGCCUCAGGUAUCCAAUUGUAAUAUUUUCACUUUGUGUUUUCUAGUAGCAAGGUUUUGAUUUGCCCUGGUGUUUGUUAAAAUGUAUGAUCGACUGCACUACCUACGUCAUAAUGAGCGUACGCUAACGUUAAGACAGUAAAGGGUUUUUUUGAGUAUGAUUACACAGUGUCCACUGCGUUUUAGCAAAUUUAUUUUGUAAUGAGGGCAUUUUAUUUUCAGAGCACUCUCAAUGGUAAUCAACACGUUUUGCUGGGUGAUGACAGCUCAUUUGUGCAGAAGUGUGGUGCUGUAAGCACUUUUCUAUUUUGUAUAAUUCAUAUGCUUUUAAAAAAAAAAAAAAGGUAAUUAGUUCUGCAAUCACUACUGAACCUAUAAAGGUUGUAGGCUUUUAUUAAAGAAAUUGUACACUGCAAUAAAUUUGGGAAAUU